UUGUGAUCGAUGUAAAAAUGGAUUUUGGGAAAUGAGAAAAGAAGAUCCUGAUGGUUGUCGGCCAUGUUCUUGGAAUCUAAUUGGGACUUAUGGGAAUGAAGGUUGGGACAAAGUGACAGGAAAAUGUACAUGUAAAGCUCUUGUAAUGGAAGAACAAUGUGAUCAUUGUCUUCAAGAACAUUAUGGACCAAGUGUUGACGAUCCUAAUGGAUGCAAGACUUGUGAUUGCGAUCCUGGUGGCGCUUAUGACAAUCACUGCGAUAGUGCUGAGGGUAUGUGCCGUUGCAGACCAAAUUAUAUUGGGAGGAAAAUGGAUAUUGCUGGGCAUGCAUCGAUAAAUAUACAGUUGAAGUAA